AUGGCUCCAAAGUCGCGAUUUGGGAUUUUAGACGAAGAAGACUAUGAAAGUUUCGGUCUUGAAAAGUUUCUCGAAAUGUCUUUUCAAAAAAGAUCAAUUGUUGACGAACUCAUUGGCGACGAUUCAGGUUUGAAAAAAAUCGAAUUUGAAACGAAAAAUGAUGAUUUUCAGAAGAAGGAGUGUUGAAAACGAUGAAAUUUUUGGCGAGCAUCGGAAUGAUUAUGAAUUUUUCCGUUUGUGCGUGCGGCAACAUGAUGAGAUUAGUGAAGAAUAGACAAGUGUCCGAUUUUUAUGUGGUUAGUUUUUUUUUUGAAUGGAAAUCUGGGAUAAUAGGGAGCUUUUGAAGUUAGUUUUAUGAAAAUUAAGGAAAAAUAAGUCAAAAUUCAGUGAAAAGGCCAUUUUUUCACGGUUUUGGUUUUUUUAUUUCAACUUCUGUUCAAUUUAUUCAUUAAAUUUUUGGCAGUAGUUCUAUUUUUGUGUGUUUUUGAAUAGAGAUUUUUUCUCGAUAUGUUUUAAUUUUAAAUUUUCAACCGCUAGUGACUCUCACCUCAUAAGGAGGUAGUUUCACUUUUUUUUUUCGGAAUUUUUCUCGAAAAUUGGUCAGAACCCUCUUUGAUAGACCAAAAUAAGUUUCUGAAAGUCUUGUUUGUAAAAAUUUUUAGUUUUUGAGAAAAAAGACCUCAAAAUCGAAGAAAAUUCGUGAAAAUUGCCUAUUUUUGGGUUAUUUUUCGAGAACUAGAUAUUUCAGCAGAUUAAGGCUUUUAAAAUGUUCUUCUGGUACAUUCAAGAUUGUUUUGGGCAGUUUUCAAAAAUUUCAAAAGGAAAGGGCAUUCUAAUGACGGCGCGCGUAAGUCGUUUCGGGUCGGGUGCACUUUCAAAGUAACGGAAAUAAACUGGAUUUCCCAUUUCAGUGGCGCUGCAAGAGCGGCGACCGACACAAGGUGGUGAGAACGGUCCGGAAGAACUCGUGGCUGAGGAAAUGCCACCAGCCGAUGAGGACCCUGGUCCGACUGGCGGCCUUCUGGUCGACGGAGAGGAACUCCUCGGCGUCCGACGCCGGCAAGCAGUUCGGCCUGAGCGCCACCUCUGUCUUCGAGUACUACAAGGUGUUCCGAAGCGCCUGCCAGCAUUGGUGUCGCCGAACCGCCCAGAACGUCGUUGUUCCCGUCGGGCCCGAGGACCUCGACAAGGAGAAUUUUGAUAUGAGUCAAGUCGAGGAAAUGGUUCGUUUUAAGGAUCCUUCUGACAAGAGGGGGAAUUCAGGGCUUUUUGAAGUUAGGUAUUAUCUUAUUUUAGUUUUCUGUUUCAGUAGGUUCAAAGGCCCUGGAAAGGAGAAUUUUUGAUUCUAAUGAGGUUUAGGAAAUGACUCGCUUCGAUUAAAUUCUUGACAUGGGAAAGGAAAAAAAUCGUGAUAUUUUAGGAGAACUCAAAUUUAGGUACUUUAAAGCGCUCUGUUCUUGAUCCGAGUUUUUUUUUUCUCUUUUUUUUGAUUCAGUAGGUUCUCGAACGGAAAAUUUUUAUAUGAGUGAAGUCGAGGAAAUGGUUCGUUUUGAAGUUUUUUAUGUAAGGGAAAAGAAAAAAAGGAAAAAUUUGGGGGUUUUUUUGAGAUUAUGUGCUUCAGAGCACUAUAUUUCGAUCCAAAAACUGUUUUCUACUUUCGUUUUUUUUUUUUGUUUUAUGUUUCAGUAGGUCCAAAGGUCCUGGAAAGGAGAAUUUCGAUCCCAAUGAGGUCUAGGAAAUGACUCGCUUCAAGGAAAUUCUUGACAAGGGAAAGGAAAAAAAUCAUGAUAUUUUUAGGAGUACUGAAAAUUAGAUUCUUUAUAGCACUAAGUUCAAGAUCUGAUUUUUUUUUCUCUUUUUUUAUUCAGUAGGUCUAAAGGACCUCGAACGGAAAAUUUUGAUAUGAGUGAAGUCGAGGAAAUGUUUCGUUUUGAAGUUUUUUAUGUAAAGGAAAAGAAAAAAUCAAAAAAUUUGAGGAAUUUUAAAUGUUACAGUACUGGCCAUAAAGGUAUUUCAAAGUGGUUAUUCGAGCAUAACUUCUCUGAAAGUGGCUCAAAUGACUUGAAACUUUGCAAAAAUUUCAAAUAGCUACGCAGUAACUUUUUCCCGAAAAAAAACUUGUUUGCUCAAGUCAGACCGGAUUUGAGAGCAAAAAACCAAAAAUCGUGAAAAUCAAGAUUUUUCUCUUGAGAUUCGAAAAAUCAUAUCUUCAAAGAAACUUCGUUUUCGAACCAGAAACUUAUUUCCCCAGUAAAACAAGUCUUCGGCUUUCCAAAAAACCUAAUCAGCCCCUCACCAACCCGAUAGUAAGAGCGUAGUGACUUUUCCUUCGGAAAGCCUUUGCGUUUUGACGCUUCGUCAUUCAAAUGGACUAUACGAGGUCAUUUUGGUUUGAGAACACCCUGUAUCAUGUUGAAAAACUUUGAAACACCCUCAAAAAUAGUUUUACACUAAUUUCUUCAGCUUUCUCACUUUAUCUGCUCUCCAGAACUCACUAACAUUACUAGGACCGAUUUUGAAACCUCUGAUUUGAAGCGGUUAUGCUCCUUUUUCAAAAUCAGAACAUUCUCGAUUUCUCAUUUCAGAUUUCAGAGCUUCUUUAGAACCUUGAUGAAUAAAAACAAAAGAAGACCCACUGUGUUUUGCUUACUUAUUCGCAAGAUAUAGUGAGUUAUAAUGAGUUUCUUAAAGUUCUCAAAACUUCGUUUCAGCAAGUGUUGCUUAGAGGGCUCCAAAUCUUGUGGAAGAUGAUAAAAACCCCUUUUUUUCAUAUUUUUAAAUGUUUUAGAUCAUGAGAUAAAUUUUUAACUCCUUUUUCUAGCUCUCAGAUCAAAGAUAGGCACUGUAAAAAAAGUUUCUUUAAACUUUAUGGGAAAAUAAGUUUUUGAUCUUGUGAAACUAAUGCUUCAGCAAAAAAUUUAGCAGUCUUCAGGAUGUAGGAGCCUGAAAUUUAGCCAUUAAUUAUUUUCAAAUUCACGAUUUAAAAGCGAUUGACCAGAUACAAACUACUUUGAACGCCCGAAAGUCCAGAAAAACUGUUCAAAUCAGAGGUUUCAAAAUCGGUCCUGGUGAAGUUAGUGAGUUCUGGAGAGCAGAUAAAGUGAGAAAACUGAAGAAAUCAGUGUGAAACUUUUUUUGAGGGUGUUUCAAAGUUUUUCAACAUGAUACAGGGUGUUCACAAACAAAAAUGACCUCGUAUAGUCCAUUUGAAUGAGGAGGCUUCAAAACGCAAGGGCCUUUCGAAGAAAAAGUCACUACGCUCUUACUAUCGGGUUGGUGAGGGGCUGAUUAGGUUUUUUGGAAAGCCAAAGACUUGUUUUACUGGGGAAAAAUGUUUCUGGUUCGAAAACGAAGUUUCUUUGAAGAUAUGAUUUUUCGAAUCUCAAGAGAAAAAUCUUGAUUUUCACGAUUUUUGGUUUUUUGCUCUCAAAUCCGGUCUGACUUGAGCAAACAAGUUUUUUUUCGGGAAAAAGUUACUGCGUAGCUAUUUGAAAUUUUUGCAAAGUUUCAAGUCAUUUGAGCCACUUUCAGAGAAGUUAUGCUCGAAUAACCACUUUGAAAUACCUUUAUGGCCAGUACUGUAUGUGCUUUAGAGCUUCAUUUUCUCGCUUGAAGUUUCUUUUUUUUCUAUUUUUUUUUUGGUAUUCUGUUUCAGUUGGUCCAAAAUACCACAAGGAGAAUUUUGAUUGAAUGAAUUUUUUUUUUGAAUAGGAGCGGGGAAAACUACGUUCUGAUUUUGAAUUUAAGCCGCUUUAUUUUCUCAAUAUUUCAUCCUUUUUUCAACUUAAGCCCAAAGAAUAUUAAACAUUUUUUUCUCAGAGGGUUAUAAUCUCGUAUUUGCACUGAAUCGUAUGCAAUAUAAAGAUUUUUCCAAAAAAUUCGAAACAUUUAGAUAUAAAAAAAGUUUUGAAAUCUUACCAGGGGUUGACGAAUUUUUGCGUAAAAAUGAAAAAAAUUACAAGAAUGAAUGGUUUAUUCGGUAUUUUUGGAAUCAGCAAAAAAUAGAUUUUCUUAAGACCUUUAAAGGCAUAGGGGCAGUAAAAAAUGGGGUUUCAGGUGAAAGCAGUAUCUUAUACAGUUUUUCUUUGCGAAUCGAAUGGUGUACUCAAAAAAAUUAAAGAUGUGACAACUUUAGAAGAAAAACGCGAUUUUACUUUCCCGCUUUUAUUUUUGAAAAAAGCUUUGGAUCGGUGCUCAGACAACUGAUUACAGUAGCCGUACACGCGAUGUUGCGGACGUCUCAUUAGACUCGCAUUUUGUGAGAAAUAACCGGAUAUCUGCUUCAAAUUAAAGGUUUCUUCUCUGAAAAAACAUUUAAUCAAACAAAAAACACACAUUGAUAAUAAAGAAAAACACAAAAUAUCGCUAUCCCAAUCGAAACCUGUGUAAAAUCAUCAUUUUUUUUCACCAAAGAAGCAUUUUUUGCGAUCAAAGUUUGCAAAUUAUACAUUAAUAGAAAGUUUUUUUGUGACGAAAAAGAACUUGGUGUUAACAGAAAAAAUUGAGAUUUGAAAGAAACGAAGAAAAAAGCGAAAAUCCGGAAGAUGGCGAAGCCUGUUGUCCAUAGAGCAACUUUACUGCAAAGCGCCCUUUUCGCGGGAACUCAAGAUUUCCUUUCUCCGACUUUGAAUUAUUUUUUCUCCGAAAUUAAGAAAUUCGGUACGUUUUCAAGUUUACCGUUCGAUUCGCAAUGAAAAGCUCUACAAAGUACUGCUUUGAACUGAAACACCGUUUUUUACUGCCCCUAUGCCUUUAAAUGGGGGACCAGGAAAAAAAUUUUUCGAAAUGAAUUUUAAAUUCAGAUUUUCGAACCUUUUCUUUUUAAGUAAAAAUGACGAAUUUAACUGGUUUAUUUGGUGUUUUAGGAAAAAUUUCAAACAACUUUGAUUUACUGUACCUAGUUUCGAUCAGAAAUCGACCAGAAAUAGAUUUUUUUUUUCUAGUUAAGCGUCCAUUUUUGGAUUUACCAGCCGAGGCGACGGCCCAGUGUCGCGUGCGACGUCGCGAUUUCUUCCAAUUUCCAACUUUUCGGAACGCUCUUCGUACUCUUUAGAAACGCCAAAAAAGAUAUUUUUUAAAAGACAAGAUUUUUAGCAGUUUAUGGAGAAAAAAAUAGUAGUAAAACUUGAAAAUAAAGUAAAAUAAGGCUUUCAAAAAAAGAAUUUAAAAAAAGGGAUUUACAAAGUUAUUUUCUCAAAAUGAAUAACGAGGGUCAAAUUUUUUUCGAUUCAGCAGAAAAAUUGUGCAUAGAACAAAGCUUUGGAUUUUCGAUAAAUCCUUUUUUUGUUUAGUCAUUAUCGGUCCAAAAAGGGAUGUAACUGUGUUAUUUUCCGAUAAAAGUCAUUUUUUCGGAUCCAGCGGAAAAUUCUGAACAAGGGACCGCUUUCCAAACUUCUGAAAAGAAAAUAAGCUUUUCAAUUUUUCGGAACAAUUUUUUGGACCAGGUUGACGGAAAGAAACAAAAAAAAAUCUGGUUUAAUGGUUUUCCGAACCAAAUUGGAAGUUUUUCCUACUCAAAAAGUCUCGAUUCCAUUUUUCCUACUUCUGACCAACUUCCUACCCAAAAUUCCCCGUUCUCAGGCUGUCGAUCGGUCCGAAACCGUCGAGUUCAAGCCGAGAAGCGCCGAACUCCUUUUCCGCCUCGUUCAUCGCGAAGAAAAUGUCUUCUCCGCCUUAUUCUUCGAGUUAACCCUCAUGUAUCCCAUUUAUUAACCGUUUUAUCUCGUUUUAAAGUUUUCAAAACAUAAUUUUUUUCGAUGUCCAUGUGUAUUUUUUUCUGGCUUUCGUGUCAUAACAGAUUUUCGUGUACUUUUUUUAUUGCGUGUUGCCUUUUUUAAUAAAAUAUAUUUUUCCCUUUUUUGAAGUUUUUUGAAUGGUUUUUAACCAUUUAAAUUUACUUUUUAUUUUUUUUUCAGGAAAAACGGAUUUUCCAGAUGUGGCGAGACAAGAGAAGACACAGCUCAAUUUUUAAAACAAAAAGAAAAAAAGUUUUGGUUGGAAAAAAAUGGCGGCGAAAUUGAGAAAGACGUCGUUUUGAGGCUGGUUUCUGAAAUUUUCAAAAAAAUAAUAAUUUUUAGGGAAAGGUACCCGAAAAAGGCUGACGAUUUUGAAGGAAGAAGAUGGGCCUGUCUUGGGAAUCGAGGCUUUUUGGAUCUUUAUGAGAUAAAUUGGUCGACUUAUAAUGACUUUUUUUCGGGGAGGGGACUGGUGAGUUUUGUUGGGGGGCUGGGGGUUUAAUGUGAAAAAAAGGGAAGAAAAAAAGGUCAAAUUUGAAGUUUUGUAUGGAAACUAUUGAUUAUUUUCGCAAAAAAAUCGUGUAAUUGUAGCCUGAAAAUUGAUUCUUUUUAAGAAAUCGAAGUAAAAAUUCUUUUUUUUUUUAGAAAUUUGUCUUUGAAGUCGAAUUUGAAUAGACUGAAGAUGACUUUUCAGUUGAAAAAUUGAUAAAAUGCUAAAAUUCCUGACUGAGUUUCAAGGUUUUGUGGUGAAGUUUAGAUGCUUCAAAAAUAUUUUCAAGAAAAUGGAUUUUGAAUGUCUUUUUUGCAUGUGAAAGAGCAACGAACUUCAUUUUGAUAAUUCAAAAAAAAAAAUCACUUUUUAGCCGAAGGAUUGA